AUGGAUCAAGACGAAGCAGCUACUAGUGCCGAAAUAAUAAACUCGUCCGACAAAGAUGUUAGUUUGGAUAAAGAAAAAUUUUCUAAAGGGUUGAUGACCCUUUUAACACCCGUAAUUGAAGAAAUGGAUUCACGAAUUGUCGCGGUGAAAGCAAGUCAAACAGAAUUAAAUAAAGAAAUCGAAAGACUAUACGCAGAACUUCAGUUAUUUGUUGAAGCUACCGAAUCACCACCAAUUCAACCUUCUAUCCAAAAAUUAAUCACAGCAAGAAAAAAGCUAACCACAACAAAUCAAACUCUUAAAACGGUUCAUGACCGUAUUGAACGAAUGCACGCACAACUUGGCAAAGAAGCCACAUAA